UUGUCAGUCAAUGUCAUUUUAUUUUAGGUUCAAAAGUCAACUAUACAAUUUAUGUAAUCUUUUAUAACUUCGUCGAUAUUAUGAGAAUAGGUUGGUUCCAAAAAUUUGUGAACAAAUGGCCCGGAAAAAAAACAUUUGGAAUGUAUAGAUUUCUACCUAUGUUUUUUGUUUUGGGUGCUGGCCUAGAAUUUUCUAUGAUCAACUGGAAAGUUGGAGAAGUUAACUUCUAUAACUCAUUUAAGAGAAGACAGGCUCACGACCUUGUGGAAGAAAAAAUAAAGAAAUACGCAGCAGCCUAACACUAUGCCGGCAGGAGUUUCUUGGGGUCAGUACAUUAGUUUCUCCGUUGCUGCCAUGCUGUCUAUGCUGGCAGGCUCGCAAGUCGUACACCAAUAUUACAAGCCGCUGCGAGAUUUGAAUGUGUAUGUUACUAGAGAACUGCAGAAUCUACCAGAAAAUGUUCAGGAGAAAAUAAAGCGAGAGCUACAAGCUGAAGGGAUUUUAAAAUAAAUAUCUACUUUUAGUUCAUUAAGAUAAAACAUGUAAAUAAAUAAAUUUUGGAAUUGUA